UCCAUAUAUCGAGUAUUUUCAUAUAAGAGGUCGAAGCCUAUUUCUGUCGAUUUUGAAAGGUAGCAGCAACACUUUCCCUAUUCUUCUGAUGGCCCUGACGUCGAAUCGUAGCGAGAAAUGCCAUCAAAAGUUGAUCGAAGAGUGAAAAAACGUAGGCAAAUUUUGGGCUUUCUGCGCAAACACUGCUACCGCAUAAACUACUAGAACAAGAUCCCCUAAACCCAGCCGGUUCAGAUUUACCUACAGUUCUAGUACAGAAAAUACAUGAGCUCGAUUAUUUACUUUUCAUAUAAAAAAAAAAUCGAUUUUCUCAAUUUUAGACAAGAGGACAUGGGUACUUUCGCAAAAAAGCACUUCGUAAUUGAACAUCUCUAAAGCCCCAUCGGCGGCACAAACGGGCGAAAGACACAGCCAAUACACUGAUCGGGAUAGUUAAACUUUCAUUGUUUAUUUUCUUUUCCCAUUUUUCAACUUCGUCUUGCGACAAAUAUGUUCAUCCGUUCACCUUCAUCAGCAGCAGCAUGAUCAUUGCUGCCAUUUCGCAGUGCGUCAAUUGCCAUUUACUUCUAUGACGCCACUGCCGCCACCUGGUGUCAUCAGCAACGGCGGCGGCGGCGGCGGCGGCGGCGGCGACUACUACAGUGAUCACCGACACCGGCAACCACCGGGCCCGACGACGGGCUGACCGGCUGACUGGCAAGCUAGACAAAUAAAAGGCAACGAGUCACCGCAGCGAGUCUAUCUAUCGUGCUCUUUCUCCUCUCCCAACCGGCCGCGAGAUGAUUCCUAGGUGCGCCACCUAGCGGACAGGCCGUGUUAGCGCGCACUCGUAGAGCUCGGUCCGUCGUUCUUCUACCCGCGAUCGAGCCGCGAGCACAGGGCGUCUAACGAUUGGUACGAUUCGGCUCGUGCGCUUGCUGGUGCUGCGGCAGAUCUACGUUAGACCGAUUGCAAUUGCUCCUACUACAAGACACGAUCCAGCGCACGGUACAACGAAGCGACAGGUUCGCGGCGCAUACUCGCAGCUAGAUAAAGAAACGGAAGCGGGCGACGACUAGCCCGAAAAACAAACGCACGGUUGGACGGGCGGGCGGGUGUUCUCGUGCACCGCGAAGAAAAUACGCGCCGCCAAUAAGAACGGACGUCUAAUGGCGAUGAGUAUUUCUGCGCGCUGCGGCAAAAUCAUUUUGCGUCUCGGUGCUUGUUUGUCCAUCUUCUACUGAGCGACCCGCGCAUCGCCACCGAUUCCGGAAAGAGGCCUGAUUAUAGUUGAUGGGCCAUGUUUGCCAGGUCUUUCUUCGUUUGAAGUGAAUAUGUGUGGGACUAUGCAUUUUUGCCUCCUGUAGCUGCCGCUUCCGCUAUUGCUGUUCCUAUGAGAAAUGUCCUUGUCAUCACUGAGCGGUGCGUUGCACACGGACUGCCUAUCGAAAAAUUGAAGAAACGAUGAUUAGCUCGUCUUUGUGAGUAAUUAAUAAUAAAAUGUGAAUAGAGCCAUCACUAUCAUGUGAGUGAACCCAUCUGACGGCGCGGAUACUGAACAGAUACAACUAUUAAAAAUAGAUAUAUAUGUAGAUAUAUAGAAGGACAGAGAGUGCGUGAAUGUGAGUUAAUUGACACUGGAUGAUUUCUGUACUGUUUAUCUCCGCGAAGCAAAGAACCAACGACGCUAUUUUUACAUAUUGUUAGUCUCAUUCAUUUUAUUGUAGUGGCGUCGUGAGGGCGCGUCGACGGACAAAAGUGCACGAUGCCGCGACCGUGGCGAAAGCCCCGUCUCAUUCUGUCUACGUGUGUAUAUCUGAGCGCGCUAUUUGCAACAGCAAAUUGUACUGAUGCUUUGGGCGGCGUUGAGGAAGCCGUCAGCAAUCGAGGGGCUUUAAAUUCCUUUCUGCGCAGUAAGCUUCAGGAUAUCAUUGGAGCUUCGGAUCCUGAUGUACUUCGCCUGAAGCUCGGUGAAAGAAUGCGCAGCCGGCGCAGUAUUCCACAAUACAUGCUCGAUUUGUAUUUGGCGCAACAUCGCUUCAUGAAUUCCGAUCAACCUGGUGACGAAAUUGCCAUUGAUCAUCAUCAAAUCCUCACCCAGCAGCCCGUUGACACCGUGCGAAGUUACUUACAUACGCAACGGCAUGACGAAGAUCUCUAUGGUAUAAACCGAAUUCGAUACCAAUUCAAUAUCUCAACUGAAGACAUCGCCGAUGAGGAGCGUUUCCUUGGAGCUGAACUUCGACUAUUUAAGCCACGUCUCGACGAUGUCGACUACACGGGCGAGGUGCAAAUGAUUCAAGUGUACGAUAUCGUUCGGCCAGCGACCCGCAAAAAUCCCGACGCUAUUUUACGAUUGCUCGAUACCAAACGAGUGCUUGGCAACACCGAACGUGAUGCCUGGAUCGGUCUAGACGUUGUACAAGCCGUCCAGCGCUGGAAGACUGAGCGAAAUCACGGUUUAUACGUUCAGGUAUUUCGUGAGAGCGAGAAUACCACUGAAGCUGUCGUCUCGCCAUAUGUUUUAUUGAAGAACUUCCCUGGCCGAGUAAACGAGACCUCAUGGGACAAUCAGCAGCCGAUCCUGCUUACCUAUCACGCGAGCAAGAGCGACUCGAAACGACUAUCUCUAUUGAGGAAUAAGCGAGCGGCCACGAGACAUCACCGAAGGAAGAGCUACAACCGACAGAAGGAGCAGUGUCGUCGGCACAGUCUGUACAUAAACUUCAACGAUGUGGGCUGGAAUGAUUGGAUCGUCGCCCCACAAGGUUAUAACGCUUACUACUGCCAGGGAAAUUGUCCCUUUCCCAUACCCGAACAUUUAAACGGCACGAAUCACGCCAUCGUUCAAACGCUCGUCAAUUCAAUGCGUACUGGUGGAAACGGCGUGCCAAAGGCCUGUUGCGUGCCAACCGAGUUGACCCCUAUCUCGAUGCUCUACGUUGACGCGUACGAACGUGUCAUACUAAAGAACUAUCAGGAUAUGGUCGUUCACGGAUGUGGUUGCAGAUAAAAUGUGUCUCAACGGUUGGCCAAGGAAGAAGUACUAUAAGCCACGGAACGCAUUAAUCGAACCUAACUAUAAUCCUCUUGAUCUGACUCGAAUCUCUCCUACAAUACGAGCACCUCAAACCCCCCGAGAACGCUCAUUGCGACGAAACAAAAGCAAUAACAAUUAGUCGUUUCGCCGCGCGAAUGACAGUUGUUGCUUUGGCGAUAUUUUAUCGAAAAUAUUGCAAAGAGUGAUAUGAUGGCGAAGGUAUAUAUUAUGCACUAUGAUAAUACCGGCCAUAGCAUGAUAACGAGAUGACUGAUGCGCAUGUAUAUUUCUUUGUAAAUUGUAGCAAUACGGAGCUAGAUAAACGAUUUGGUGUAAAUCUGUUAAUCUAUCUAUGAUGCUGUGACGUAAACAUACUUUCUAUACAAACAUUUGCCUUUCUAUUUUUUUGUACGGAUUUCGCCAAACUGCAUACAGUAGAAGACAUUACUGUGACUAUUUUACUUAAUAAUUACACUUCUCAUUGAAGUAAAGUUACACGUAUCAGCUGCUAUAUAUAUAUAUAUACAUAUAUAUACAUAUAUACAUAUAUAUAUAUAUAUAUAUAUAUAUAUACAUAUAUACAUAUAUAUAUAUAUAUAUAUGAAAGAACAAAUGACGAACGCACUGUACAUAAUUCCUUAUUGCGUUCCUAU